GGCCCGGAACCUGGGUUUUGCGGUCCUGGUCCUGCCUCCCCGAGGUUACCAGGACGUUUGACCUGAUUCAGCUUCUCGGGUUUCCACGGGCCGGGGUGGAAGAAUGAGCCCUUUUCUCUCCUAGAGGAUCCCGUUCUGGGAUGGUUUUUUUGUUUGCGGUUGGUCUUGGUUUCGUUUUGUUUUGCUUUGCUUUUUUUUAACGGUCGUAUUCCUUUUCUUGCUUCCUGUGGUUUGGCACACCAGGUUCCCCCGAUUUUUACCCCUUUUCUGGGGAGGAAGAUACCUUCCCAUCGGUUCCUUACCUUCCCUUUGCAGUCAUUCCGGGGAACCAUCAACUCGAAUAGGACUUGCACACCUGGCGGUUUUGAGGUGGCCGCGAGGAGGAAGUAUUAAGCUAAUGCGUCCCCUCCGGCUCGUCCACCUCUAAAAGGAAGGGGUGCCCUCAGUGUUCUAGUAACUUCUAGAUGGUUAAAAUUGUACUUGGAAGCAAUGUGCAAGAGUGAGUUCUCAGUUAAGGCCUACAAGUACCCUCUGUUUCUCGCACAAUUAAUUGUAAGACGUCUCUUGUCUUGGAGCAGGAUUGUGGUGUGUGGGUUUUUUUUUUUUUUUUUUCUUUCUCCUUUUUUGGGUGAUUCACUGGUGGCGAUACCAAUCACAUGAUCUUUUCAGUGGGAAAGACUGAUGAGACGCCUGUUAGUUUGAUUCUUAGAGAUAUUUAGAUCUUGUGGGGCGGAUCCGCGGCCGAAUGCAACUUUAAAAGUGGUUGCUAGGUUUCGGGUACAUUCCAGAACAGCAUAUUUAUGACACUUUUCCCAGAGGGAGUUCCUUUUGGAGGGCAGGACAUACUUGAGUAGCUGAAGUUGUGUAGUUCGUGGUAGGGAUACGUUCAGAAGUUACUUGUUUUCUCUGGGCAUAACUUUGUGCAAACUAAUGGAAGCGUUUUAUAAGUUUUCUAGAACAUUUGGUUAUUCCACAUUCAUUGCAUUUUUUUUUUUUAAUUAAAAAGCUUACCCUUGAAAUGUUCAUGGUGCUUGCACAUUGAGUUCAGCCCUCUGCGCACUGGCCAGCGUGGGGAAUUGGUAAUGGCUAAUGGGUCUUAGGUCACUGGCUUGAAUUUCGUGUUUCCUAUGGUGGUGAUAGAUUACCACUUAGAUAAAAAUCUGGUGGCUCCUAUACAACUCCUAUAACUACAUUUUACUUCAAACUUUUAUUUUUGGAACUUGACUUUUCCAAAUGUUCAAUAAGCUUCAAGUAUAUUGUAACACAAAGGUAUUUGAGAAUAGGAAAGGGCCAACUUUUAAUCCUAGCUUUGGCCACAUGACCAACAAAAAAAAAAGGUGCCCCCUCUGGAAACCGUCCCCAAGAGGAGAUAGUGUCUGCAGUAGCUCCCCUCACCGCUGGUUUCACCCCCCACGGUGGUCAGCUGGGGUCCGGAAGCUGGUGAUCUUCCUGACACCGCGUCAGAAGGUCGUGGUAGCCUUGAUGCCGCGUCCCAGCUCCUGCGUCGUUUACCCCACAUCACCUCGUUCAUCACCUCAUUCAUCGCGUGCGUGUUUUAUCAUCUCCCGUCAUCACAAGGAAAAAGAUGGCAAAGCCUUUCAUCCCACUUACGAAGAAAAACUGAAGCUUGUGGCACUGCAUAAGCAGGUUCUUAUGGGUCCAUAUAAUCCAGACACUUGUCCUGAGGUUGGAUUCUUUGAUGUGUUGGGGAAUGACAGGAGGAGAGAGUGGGCGGCCCUGGGAAAUACCUCGAAACAGGACGCCAUGGUAGAGUUUGUCGAGCUCCUGAACAGGUGUUGCCAUCUCUUCUCCACGUACGUCGCGUCCCACAAAAUCGAGAAGGAGGAGCAAGAAAAGAAAAGGAAGGAGGAAGAGGAGCGAAGGCGGCGGGAAGAAGAGGAGCGAGAGCGGGUGCAGAAGGAGGAGGAGAAGCGCAGGAGAGAGGAGGAGGAGCGGCUUCGGCGGGAGGAGGAAGAGCGGCGGCGGCUGGAGGAGGAGCGGCUGCGGCUGGAACAGCAGAAGCAGCAGAUCAUGGCGGCGCUGAACUCGCAGACGGCCGCGCAGUUCCGGCAGUACGCGGCGCAGCAGUACCCGGGCAGCUCGGAGCAGCAGCAGCUCCUGGUGCGCCAGCUGCAGGAGCAGCACUACCAGCAGUACAUGCAGCAGCUGUACCAGGCGCAGCUGGCCCAGCAGCAGGCGGCGCUCCAGAAGCAGCAGGAGGUAGCGGUUGGGGGAGCCGCUUUGCCUACGCCGGCAAAGGUGACCGCAGCUGUGCCGAGUGAUAGGACGUCGGUUAACGGACAGGCCAAAGCCCACACGGACAGCUCCGAGAAAGACCUCGAACCGGAAGCUGCAGAAGAAGCCGUGGAGAAUGGACCAAAAGAAUCUCUUCCAGUAAUAGCAGCUCCGUCCAUGUGGACACGACCCCAGAUCAAAGACUUCAAAGAGAAGAUUCGGCAGGACGCGGACUCCGUGAUUACAGUGGGCCGAGGAGAAGUGGUCACCGUUCGCGUCCCCACCCACGAAGAGGGAUCGUAUCUCUUUUGGGAAUUUGCUACAGACAAUUAUGACAUUGGAUUUGGGGUGUACUUUGAAUGGACAGACUCUCCAAACACUGCUGUCAGCGUGCACGUCAGCGAGUCCAGUGACGACGACGAGGAGGAGGAAGAGAACGUCAGCAGUGAGGAGAAAGCCAGAAAGAACGCCACCAAGCCCCUGCUGGACGAGGUCGUGCCUGUGUACCGGCGGGACUGUCACGAGGAGGUGUAUGCCGGCAGCCACCAAUACCCAGGGAGAGGAGUCUACCUCCUCAAGUUUGACAACUCCUACUCUUUGUGGAGGUCAAAGUCGGUCUACUACAGAGUCUAUUAUACUAGAUAAAGAUGGUGUCGCGGAGUCUGGAGUCUAGGGUUGGGCAGAAGACGGCACUUGGUUCGGAAUUUCUUUUGACUUUUGUGGAGCAUCGCAGUCAGCGUCUCCCCUUUUGAUUUCGGUCUGAUGGUCCGUGAACUCUCGUCGGGACUCAGGGUUUCCUUGAGACUCUAGCGUUAAUCCUCUGGGGUUAGAGGGAGUCCUCGGACCCGUCUGGCCCUUGGGUGCCGACCGGCAGGGUCGCUAGUGGAUGCAGAAGUUACGCGAGCAACGUGUGAAAUCUAUAAGGUCUCCGAAAUAAAACCUCCCCACGUUGACCCCACCCGGCUGACGGUGAGUCCGUUGCUGCCCGCUGCACGCGGUUGACGAGAGCCCGUGGUCACGGUGACCUCGGAUCGGAAAUCCUUACGUUCGCAGUCUGCCUGAGGUGCAGCUGACUUGGACGAAGGUCAUCGUUUUGAAAUGAAGGUCAUCGUUUUGAAAACUUACAGACUCAAGACCCCACAGGUUAUAAUAGAAAAGUUGCCUCGAUUCGCUUUUGUUCUGAACGACCCAGAUUGUCUUUGCUUUGAGUACGGCCGUCUAGUUCAGAGGCCUGUUACAGAGAAUUAUUUUCCGAGAUAAUCUUAACGUUCAAAGCCGAUUGGUAAUUGAACCGUCAAGACACACAACACCUCAGAGGUCCAUGUUGUUAGCAGGCCUCUGCAAACUCGGGUCCUUUUCUCUCCCUCCGGGACUCCCCCCUACCGGUGACAAAGCAGAAUUAAUUCAUUUUUGUCUCGAUUUGGCUUUGUAGAGCAUCUCAAAUUGAACCUGUUUUCUACACGAGCAUAUAGUUAGGGGGUUUUGUAAACUCAAAUUGACACCUACUGAAUUAAAGUAUGUAAAAUCACUUCAGUACAAUUGAGUGUACGGGGAAUAACGUUGCACUAAAAGGAAAUCACUGCCAGAGACAGUCCGUUUUCCUCUCCUGUGUUCAUGCUUAGGCACGAACCCUACCCAGUUCCGGUGGGGAAUCGCGUACUGGAGAGAAUUGGAAAAACAGAUGCCCAUGCUUAAAUUGUUCUAUAGCUUUAAUCUCAUUAUGUCUUUGUAGAUGGGAAGAGGACACCUUCGUGUCCCUUACCGAGAACAUAUAUGGAUAAACAGCCGCAAGUUGGUAGAAGUGAUGGACUAGCGUAGAGAUUCUUGUUUUCAGGAGGGAGGGUGGUGUAGAUAGAACGUGACUGAGACGGCACUACACACGAAACGUUACUGGAUGUUGUUACUGAAAUACUUAGAUUUUUAGAUUUUUAAAACUUCAGAUCUUAAAUCACUUCUUGUAGGAGGGUCUCCGUUGAUUAAGCUGCGUUCUAUACAGUUCACUACACGAGGGGCUGUUUGUCGUGUGUGCGUUUCUUUUCUGGUUUUUAAUACCUGGUUUUGUACAUACCUAACCCUCUUCUCUUUCGGUUAUUCGGAAACUGGAUUAUUUUCUCCUCUGAGCAGUGCUUGAUUUGUGUUCUUUAAUUUGGAUUCACUGGUUCCAGCUCAAAGACGUCCACACCGUUCUGUCCAGAACACGUUCAGGCUGUCCAUGCGCGUGCGCGUACGUACGGUAGAGGAACCAUGGGGUUAGGCGCUUCUUGGCUUUUUUUUUUAACGAGAAAAUAUUGUAUUUAAAAUGUAAAAUAAACUUUUAAAAAGCAGGCACUAAUAUAUAUUUCUUCCAGCCUUUGAGUACAGAUUUGUUCUUGCCCAUGUUAAGAUAAAUCGUCUUCUGAAAAGACCCUCGUUCUCGGGAGCAGUUUAUGUCACUUUACGUAGCGGUGGUUCGUCAUGUGCUCACGUCAGAACAUUUUUGGUUUUAGACUUUUCUAUUGCCUUUGGCUGUUGAUUAGUACAGUACAAGUGCGAUUUCAAAAAGAUCUUGAAAAUAAUAUAUUUAAUCAAUUAAAAUGUUUAUCUGUAA